CCACAGCUUUCAUCAACGCUAUGCUUUUAUAUUGCUGAACCUGUAGCUUUUCCAUUCUCUUCGAUGAUUGAUUUUCUGCUUUCAGCUAUAUUUUUGUUUAUGUUAUGGUUCAUUCGUUGUUUGUUUUUGUAAAAGAUUGAAAUAAAAUCUUGGCUCGGAGUAUUAAAAAUAAGUCAAAACCUUCGGAGAUGCUUUGUUGAUUCGGAACCACUAAUUAAAUGGACUUCUAUCAAGAAGCUACUAGAGUUUUGAUCCAUGCGCUCACCUUCUUCUGAUUAGGGACGACAAGGUCAAUUGGCAGAUAAAGUGAAUCUCAAGAUAUGGGAUGCCUGGUUUCAACACCAAAGGAUACUGGGGGAAAUAGGAGGAGGCCAGGAAGUAUUGGUGAAGUUUCUGUGUAUGUCCCAGGUUUACGAAUUCCGAAACCUGUUGAUUUCUCGCAAUCACUCAGUGGUCACGUGUCAAAGACAUUAGUGGAGCGCCUUACAGCAAUGAGAACUCGUAUAGUUGUUAUGGCUGGGCAAGAAGCACUUACAAUUACAAGAACAAGGAGGAAAACUACUACACAGCAUGGGCGUUCAACAUUGGCAGAUCUUCAUCAAGCUCUUGAAGACUAUUUGCCUGUGCUUUUGGGAUUAGUUUCAGAUGGGAGCCAGCUACAGUUCAAAGUACAGUUUAUUUGGGUUAAUCAGGAGGAUGAUGCUGAGGAAACAGCCAUGUUUAAUGCUUGGUAUGAAGUGUUGUCAGUAUUGCAUUUGAUGGCAGUGUUAUCAUUAUCACAAGCCAACUUACUACUUCUUCCAAGGACUUCUGCUGAUUUUUAUCAACCAAAAGCAUCAGAAGAAAGCAGACGAGGUUCUAUUGAUAUUUUCUUGAAGGCUGCUGGAUACUUGGAUUGUGCUGUGAGGCAUGUUCUCCCUCGGUUGCCAUCUGAACUAAGGAGAAAUUUACCAGUAGAUCUAGCAGAAGGAGUUCUUCGAGCACUUUGUUUGCAAGCAUUAGGGCAGGGUGUUGAUAUCCAGCUUGGAAUGGCAAUUGAUAGUACCAAGGCUACUCUUGCUGUGAAACGAAGGCUUGCAUGUGAGAUGGUAAAAUACUGGCAGCAGGCUCAAGAUAACCUUAUGAACCUUCCAUUAUCAAAUGGAUGGGGUGAAAAGCAUCGACAUUUUGUAAAGUGGAAAUAUGUUGAGGCCAAGGCUGCAGCGUAUUAUUAUCAUGGUUUGAUCCUUGAUGAGGGGAAUACAGAGAAAUCCCAUGGUAUGGCUGUAGCUGCUCUACAAGCUGCUGAUGAAUAUUUCGAGGAAAGCAAGAAGGCUUGUGAGGUAUUUAAUGCAGCUCAUCCUUUGUCCAGGAAUCCACCACUUUGGGGGACCAUGAAGUAUCUAUCUGAGAAAAUUCCGAAAGACACUUCUAGCAAGGUCCGGAUUAACCGCGAUCUCUACUCCCACGAAAAAAACAUGGGGACGCCUCCAACAUUACCAGAUUUCGCAUUAGCAUUGAAACCGAAUGAAUAUCAAUUACCUCCGGUGGAUCCCUCAUGGAAUGAGAAUGUACAGUUAGGCCACAUUGGCACUAAUGAGGUGAAGCGUGGAUAAAAAGAUAAGUUCACUAUGAUAUCUUUUGUAUAAAAAAACGGAUACAGUUACCAGUCAGCCGCAAAGUAUGAAUGGCUAAAAAGGUAAGUAGAUUUUCGCCAAUUGUUGUGUAGCAAGGUCCAUUAUUGGCUUCUAGCUUUCCUUUCUCUGAUUCCUUCACAAUAUCCUUUCCUUUCCCCUCAUAAAUGUAUUGUACAAGAGGUUGAUUACUGAUAAACAUAUGGCUCCUCAUACCCUACCCUUUUGGUCUAUUCUUUGAUUUUUAUACUAUAUAUUUACUGUAUGCAUUUUGCUUUUUGUUUACAUGAAAUAAAUGUUUCCUUUCUUUAAAA